UGAAACUAAUCUUGUCUCGCAAACUAGGCUUUUUGACAGCAGGUGUAGUGUUUUGACAAUCGAGUUUCAUCUCUGUCGAUGUCUUUACCCUAUGACGACGACUAACAACAAAGCAAAUGUAAAAAAUCCAGCUGACACUCCUCAUAUUUAUUAGUAAUAAAUAAGUUUUUUUUGUUUCUCUCAAUUUCAGAAAAAUUAAAAUCAAUAUCCAAAAUAAUGUCUCAAGAAGUUGAAGAAAUUCUAAAACGCAUCCAAUCACAUAAAGGUGUUGUCGGCACUAUAGUGGUCAACAACGAAGGCAUUCCAGUUAAAUCAACCCUUGAUAACACUACAACAGUGCAAUAUGCCGGUUUAAUGAGCCAACUGGCUGAUAAAGCACGAAGUGUUGUACGGGACCUGGAUCCAUCAAAUGAUUUAACAUUUUUAAGAGUUCGUUCAAAGAAGCAUGAAAUAAUGGUUGCUCCUGAUAAGGACUUUAUUUUAAUUGUCAUUCAGAAUCCAACUGACUAAGCAGUUUGUUUCAUCAUUUUAUUGUAUUUUAGUUAAUAUAACAAACUUAUUUUGCGGGAACUAUCAAUUUCCUUUUGAUAACAAAAAAUACGUUGAACCUUCCCGUAAUUUAUUAAAAUCUGUAUCAAUGAAUAAAAAUACUGAAAAAAAGAAA